GAGAGAGAUGUAAGAGCAGUUCUCCUUUGUCCAGGCAGUAACCAUUAGACGCGCCGAGAGCCUGUUUGCGGAUAAUGACGAUGUUUUGAGCGGGGAAGUCGGCUUGCCAGGGGACCAAAUUCGGCCAUGUCAGACAAUAAUACCUGGAUCUCAUGACGUAAUGUUGUGAGUCUGGGCCAAACCGCAAACGAAUUCGACAUCAUGACUUCAUGGAAGCCUCGUCGAUAUUGAACAUGCAGGGAGUCUGUGCGCAUGAGAGCUCCUUAGAAACCACCUCUACCAACUGACUGGGCCAUCGUGAAGCUUCCCAACUCCAUACCAUUUCCCAACUGAACCUUCAACCCCACUACAACAACUCACACGCAAAAUCACUUUACCAACAGGAUCACGAAACAACUGAAGAUGACUCGCAACGUCUGUAUCACGGCAGCCGAGGGCCAAACUGGCUUCCUCAUCGCCGAACUCCUCCUCACGGACCAGGACUUUAAGAAGAAAAUCGACAGCCUCACUUGUCUCGUCAUGGACCCGUCCUCGGCCAAAGCCAAGGAGCUGCAGUCGCUCGGCGCCGUCGUUGUGCCGCACAAGCCGGGCCGCGAGCGCGAGGUGGUCAACACGCUCAAGAAGACGGGCUGUGACACCAUCUGCCUGAUCCCGCCCGCGCACAAGGACAAGUUCGACAUCGCUGUCGAGCUGACCCACGCGGCCAAAAAGGCCGGCGUACAGAACGUGCUGUUGAUUAGCUCAGUGGGUUGCGACUAUGCCGAGCGCGAGAAGCAGCCGCGGCUGAGGGAAUUUAUUGAUCUGGAGAGCCUCGUGCUGGCCUCCAAGGGCGAUCCGAACUCUCCUCUCGGACACUCACCUUGCGUUAUUCGCGCUGGCUUCUACGCUGAGAACCUCCUCCUCUACACGGAACAGGUCCGCAACGAGGGCCUGCUGCCGCUUCCGGUCGGCGAGAACCACAAGUUUGCUCCUGUGGCCCUUGGUGACAUCUCCUUGGUGGCAGCCCAUGUGCUCACUGGUAAGGGCAAGCAUGGCUUCGACGAUAAGCACCGCGGCCAAAUGAUGGUCCUCACCGGUCCCAUGCUCUGCACUGGCUCGGAGUUGGCGGCGUCAGCCAGCAAGGCCCUGGGCCAAACCUUGGAAUUCGAGAACAUCUCUGAGCGCGAGGCGAAGCGAGUCCUCAAGGCCCAAUCCGACCUUGACGAGUCAGAGAAGGAGUACAUCCUCGAGUACUACAGCCUGGUGCGUGAGGGUAAGACGAACUACAUCUCGACCACGGCGUUCCAUGACGUUACUGGCCAGCACCCGACUGAGCCCGAUGAAUUCUUCCGGAAUUAUGCGGGGGAGCUGCGACCUAAGAAGAAGCUGCGCAGCCACUGAGUGCCGAGCCGGACACGCGAACUCUGGUGUUCAUGUAUCCCUAAGAAAUCCGAAACUUUAUGGCAGACACUGGUUACGAUCUGCCUGGGCUGGAGCUGUCGGAAUGGUAGUGGAACAGGUGUUGGUAUCUAAUGCAUUCAUCCAUGUGUUCUUAGGUACCAUUACCUUCCAGUUAUGAGCAGACUCUUUUCAGGUCAAGACAACCUUUGAUGAGAAGCCCGGAGACCUAUUGGGUUUCAAAACCAGAAACUCCGAGCUGCUAGGUGAAGGUCAAUGGUAAGACGAAGAGUCUACGGUAAUGCAGUUCUGAUGUCAUUCCAAUGGAACCCU